CUACAAGCUACUUACUCUCUCUCUCUCUCUCUCUUUCCAUCGAUUUUCAGGCAUUUUCUAUUCCACAUCACAUGCCAUUCUUCCUUGCAAUCUCUAAUAUCUCUUUCCAUCUUCACAAGCCUUUCCCCAUUAGAAGAAGAAGAGAAGAGAGAUGGAGAGACAGAGGAGCUUCUCCUUCAAGCUCAAAAGACUCGUUGUCUUCUCUUUCACCAUCUCUUCCUCUCUCUUCCUCUCCUUCUGCUUCUUCUUCUCCUCCUCUGUUUUCAAAGUCCCUACUCCAAAUUCUAAUAAUGCCUUUCUCCAAUUCAACAGAUCGUCUUUCAUUGAUUCCCUCAAAUCCCCAAAAGUUCACACCUUUUCUGCUUUUACUAAAAAUUCUACAGUCUGGGGAGCAAAAGACCCCACUUUGGAAAAAACCCAUUUGAGAGAAUCUGGAAAUUCAUCUGGAAAAUCUUCAUUUCAUGUUUUCAAUGAAGGGAAGAUAGCUGGUGAGGCCAAAAACCCGAUUUUGCUAGGUGACCAAUUCGGGAAAUCUGAUAAUUCUUCUGAAAAAUCUGCAUUUCAUCUCUAUAAUGAAGGGAAAAAGCUUGGUGAGGCUCAAAAUCCGGUUUUGGUAGGCACCCAGAUCAGGAAAUCUGCUAAUUCUACUGGAAGAGCUAUCUUUCAUGCUUUUGAUGAUAGAAAGAGGCGCGGUGAGGCUCAAAAUACGAUUUUGAUAGAUACCCAAAUCAAGAAAUCUGAUCAUUCUUAUAAGGAAGUUACUGCUUCUGCUAUGGAGAAGAUUAGAAGGAAGAAGAGAAGCAGAUGUGAUGUUUACGAUGGGAAAUGGGUCUUCGAUGAAAGCUACCCUUUGUAUAGUAAUAGCUCAUGUCCAUUCAUAGAUGAAGGUUUCAACUGUCAGUCUAAUGGGAGAUUGGAUAGAGAGUAUAUGAAGUGGAGAUGGCAACCAAAUGACUGUGACAUCCCAAGGUUCAAUGCUUCAAAAAUGCUAGAAUUGAUUAGAGGGAAGAGAGUCGUUUUUGCUGGCGAUUCAAUAAACAGGAAUCAAUGGGAAUCCAUGCUUUGUUUGUUGGGAGGAGCCGUUGCAGAUCCAAAGCGGGUUUAUGAGACCCAUGGUAGGAGGAUCACUAAGGAGAAGGGGAUGUACAGCUUCAGAUUCGUGGAUUACCAUUGCACCGUCGAGUACUAUGUUACCCACUUCUUGGUCCAUGAGAGUAAAGCGAGAGUAGGACACAAGCGGGUGCAGACUCUUCAAAUUGACACCAUUGAUAGGACUUCAUCGAGAUGGAAAGGAGCAGAUAUUUUGAUAUUUAAUACCGCACAUUGGUGGACUCACUAUAAAACAAAAGCAGGGGUGAACUACUAUCAGGAAAGGGACGAGGUUCAUCACCACCUCGACGUUUCUACCGCAUUCCGAAGAGCUCUGACAACUUGGGCAUCAUGGAUUGACCAACACGUCAACCCGCGCAAGACCCGAGUUUUCUUUCGAACUUCAGAACCUUCACAUUUCAGGGGUGGUCAAUGGAAUUCUGGAGGUCACUGUCAGGAGGGCACUCGACCCCUCAAUGAUACAUUGAGUAGAAACUUUCCAGAAAAAAAUAUUAUCACUGAGGAGGUUGUGAAGCAGAUGAAAACACCCGUAACUAUCUUGAAUAUAACUAGCCUGUCGGAAUAUAGGAUAGACGGUCACCCAUCCAUAUAUGGGAGAAAACCCAGGAAAGGCACCUCUACAAGCAUUCAAGAUUGUAGCCACUGGUGUCUUCCUGGAGUUCCCGAUGCCUGGAACGAGUUGCUAUAUUUCUAUUUGCUAUCCAAACCCAAAACAGUUUCUGCGGAAUGAUCUCUAAGCGUCAACUGAUUUGAUUGCAUCUCUCAUCUUUCAUCGUCGUGAAAUGUUUACCCAAUGACUGGGACUUAUGGUGGUGCUGGAUAUGAGAUUUUGAUGGGGAAAAUCAAUGAUCAAGAAGAUGUGAUUUUUGACUGCAGGACGCCGGAUUCAGUGUUCGGUAACUACUGUUCUGUUGGAGCAGGGUGAUUACGUUCUAUUUAUGUAUAUGUUGGUUUGAGUGUAUCAUGGUUUUCCGACUCGGACUUGGACAGACCUGAUCUGUUUUGGUACCAAUAGUCACACCCCCACCGGGUGAGUCAGGCUGAUUCAGGCUCGACCCAGGUGAGUCCCAGCUCAACUCAUGACCCAACGAGUUGUUCCGAGUGGCAAGUUAUUUAGCCAUUGAGCAUGUAAGUGUUCUUGUAUUCUUUUUGACAUUAUCUUUUCGUAUUGAGCCAAAAUACAUGGAUGUAACCAUGUAUAAUUGAUGGUUUUUUACCAUAUUACUUACAAAAUAGCCACAGCUAGCAUAUUGUAUACUCAUUGUGAUACUGAAACUGCCAAGAGCACACAUUUCCUUAUC